GCCAUGUCGCGAUGGGCGGGGUUAAGGAAGGGGCGUGGCCAGGAAGGGGGCGGGGCUUUGUCGCGAGGUCUCGUGACUGGGCAGAGGCCGCGCGCCCCCUCCCCAGGCAUGGAGCAGCUCCGGGCCUGGCGCGGCCGCAUCGGGGCUGAGCUGGACGCGGCCGUGGAGUUCUGGGAGCGGCACUCGCACGACCCCGAGCACGGGGGUUUCUUCUCCUGCCUCAGUCGCGACGGUUCCGUUUACGACGACACCAAGUUCGUGUGGAUGCAGGGCCGGCAGAUCUGGGUCUAUUCCCGCCUGUACCGAACCGUGCCCCGGUUCCGCCGGCCCGAGCUGAUCCAGGCGGCGCGGAAAGCCGGGGAGUUCCUGCAGAGCCACGCGCGGCCCCAGGCGGGCUCCACCCGCGCCGCGUUCGCGCUGAGCCGGGACGGGCGCCCCGAGCGGCUCCAGCGCAGCUUCUACAGCGAAGCGUUCUGUGCGCUGGGGCUGGACGAGCUGGGCAGGGCGACCGGGGAGAGCAAGUACAGGAGGGGGGACUCGGUGGUGCUGGAGAACGUCAGCCCCGAGGGGGAGGAGCUGCCCGGGAGCCUCGGGCGCCUGAUGAACCCUGGGCACGCCCUGGAGGGGGCCUGGCUGCUGCUGCAGUUCUGUCAGCGCCGCGGGGACGCCGAGCUGGGGGCGCGGGCGGUGACGGCGCUGCUGGAGGGACCCCUGAAAUGGGGCUGGGACCCCCAGCACGGGGGGCUCUUCUACUUCCUGGAUGCUGAUGGGCAUUGUCCUACACAGCUGGAGUGGUCCAUGAAGCUCUGGUGGCCACACCUGGAGGCCAUGGUUGCCCUUUUGGCCGCUCACCUUUUCCAGCCCCAGCCCAGUUUGAUCUCCCAGUUCCUGCAGCUCGCCCAGUUCACCUUCGACAAGUUCCGUGACCCCGAGCACGGCGAAUUCUUCGGGUACCUGAACCGCGACGGCUCCGUGGCGCUUUCCAUCAAGGGGGGGCCCUACAAAGGUUGUUUCCAUGUGGCGCGGGCGCUGCUGAUGUGUGAGGAGAUGCUGGGCGCCAUCUUGGAAAGGGAGGGGGCGGCGGGAGAGAAAUAAAUUUAUUUUAUUUAUUCUCCCCAAUUUUCAAUAAAUUUGGAGAUUCCUCCGUCCAAAAAUAAACUUUGGGAUCUUUGUUGAUUUAAACUGUGAGCACAAUAAAAUGGAGCUGCAAAUUCAAAUAAAGGCAAAAAUCUGUGA